AUGAGCUCGUAUGUUGACAGCUCCAAUUUCAGGCAAACAAGCGAGACAACUUCUCCAAACACUAUGUUUAGUUACGAUCUAUCUGGGCACAGGUCCAGCCACUAUGAGGAUGUGAAUGUGAACGGGAUCUUCACUUGUCCCGUCCCCACGACCUCUGUGCAGCGGGAGGAGAUGAAAACUAGCCUGCGUGGCAAUGCGGAUCCUCCUCUCCCGGCAGCACCACAGAUAACCAUGAUCUCCGGUGGCUCCGCUGUGGACGCGAGCGGGCUCGGCUACGGCGGCGCGCUGCUGCCGGGGCGCGGGGCGGACCGGGACCCGGAGAGGAGCUCAAGGUCCGGGAGCAACAAGAGCCAGGAGGGCGAGAGGCAUGCGGAGAGUGCGCAAUCCGCCAAACGACACGCAAACCCGGGCCAGCGGCAGGACGCUGAGCCGCGGCCGCAGAUCUAUCCAUGGAUGACAAAACUGCACAUGAGCCACGAAUCGGAGGGUAAGCGGUCCAGGACCAGUUACACCCGCUACCAGACUCUGGAGCUGGAGAAAGAGUUUCACUUCAACCGGUACCUGAGCCGCCGCAGGCGCAUUGAGAUCGCCCACACCCUGUGUCUAAACGAGAGGCAGAUCAAAAUCUGGUUCCAGAACAGGCGAAUGAAGUGGAAGAAGGACUCAAAGAUCAAAGUGAAGGAGUAGAAGUGGCCCCGGUGAACAUGGGGGUGCACGCAGCACGUUUUCAGCCCCUCACUGCACAGUGCUGGAGCGCCGCCUGACCUCCGGAUGAACUGCUAGGAGCAAUGACAUCACGACACCGCUCUGUGUGCUUUAUCACCAAUUAUGUGUCACUCGCUGCAGUUUGGGACCUAAUGUAUUGAAUAUCGCUCACUUUGAUCCAUCGGUUUACAUUUCUAAAUUAAUUUGCAGCCCAUGCGAUGAUAACCUCACUUGACUGCACGAUGGGGACAAGAGGUUGAGGGGAGCAGGGCCCUGCGCGCUGCGAGGCUGCAGGUCUGCGGGCCACUGAGAGGCUGCACAAUAAUAAUAAUACUAAUACUAAUCCGUGUGUUCAAUGUGGACCAGAGUUCGGUGGAGGCUGCAGUGACAGCAUGCAACAUUUCCAGCUGUGUAUCAUCAUAAACACUUUGAGAGGAACGGGAUCAAAUGAAGGGAAAACAUAUCUCCGAGUGCUUUUAAUGAGCUGUCCUGUGAGCAAGAGUCAAAUAGUUUCCCACCAGUAAAAACCUACUUUUCCACUUUCCUCCCCUCCCCUUAUCUUUUUAAAAGGACUCUCUAACAUGUUGCAGUGCCGAGUUUAGGAUGUUGUUGGACGUGUGGUGUCUGUUAGUGAGUGGAUUUUCACCUCCAUCCAUGUUGUCAGAUCCCUGUGAAUCUAAACCAUGAUGUAAAAUGCGGCGAGUGUGUGUGAAAAUAUUGUGAUGUGCAAUGAAGUCAUGUGUCUUCUCCUUUGUGAACUGGAGGUUUAACACGAGGGCUGUGGAAUCACUUUCAUUUUGAUCAUUGUAACCAAUAAACUCUCAUCAUUAAAACUCCGAAUAUUGUCAAUAUGCACAUUUCUAUUCUCCUGAUUUUAUACUUUAAUGGUAGAAUUACGCAAAUUAAGUGUAUUUAAAUAUUGUUUUGUUAUGAAAUCCACUGAAAUAAACUACUUAGAAAUUGAGAAACUA